CUCCCAUUCGGGGAUUUUAGCCUCUUGGGGCCGGCCGGUCGUAAACAAUUCUAUCUUCGUCUUGAUAGUACUGACCUGCUGCUCUUCACAUCGUCCAUCUUCCCUCAUCAUCUCCUAUUGACUUCUAGGACACGCUUCGGUGAAAAGCGUGUGCUCCACCGAUCAAUCCUGUCAUUUCAAGGGCUACUUGUCUCCACCUCACAACACUGAACAUCCGGCUUCGAGCCUGGAGUGUCUCGCAACCUGGAUCAGCACAUCAGAGCAUUUGUCCACCACCCCAGCCGCCAUCAUGUCGCCAUAUCCAUCACAUGUUGUGACAGGACCAGCAGAGUCAUCGACCGUAACUCUUCACCGUUUCGUAGCCAGAGCUGCUGAUUCGACACCAAACCAAUUUCAGACGAAUACAGUCAUCGUAGCUUGUGUUAUGUUUGUCAUCAUCCUCAUCGCUUGGAACGUUCCGAUAUUGAGAGAGAUCAUCUCAGGUCUCAAGUUGUUCGUCACUGGAUGUCAUGAGCUCUCUCAUCUCGUUGUUGGCUUACUCUGCGGAGGGCAAGUAGUCUCUAUCUGCAUCGAUCCAAAUGACGGCGGAGCGACUCACAUCAUGGGAUUGAUGCGGACUUAUCCACGCGUUCCCAGGGAUCCAUAUGCGAUGCCAACAUAUUCUCAACUGUUCUGGUCCAGUUCGGCAGUUGCAACAUUAGGUGCGGGCUAUGUUGGAUCAAGCAUAUUCGGAUUCUUGUUUAUCUUCUGUGCAUUUCACAUAGUAGCGAGUAAAGCCGCCGCCCUGGUCAUUCACAUCGGUCUGUUGGUGCCGAUAUUGCGUGCAGAUCACUGGAUCGCUUUUGCGAGCAUCAUUGUCUGCGAGGCUGUCCUGAUUGGUUUAUGGUUCGGAGAUCACGGUAAUGCGCUCCGCUUCUACAUCUUGUUCGUUGGGGUGAUGAGCCUGUUCUAUGUCGUCUGGGACUAUCUGGACGAGAGGCUAUUCGACAAGCGCAAUACGUCAGACUGUGCACAGUUCUCAGAGCUCUUAGGUUGGCCGAUAAGUGGCUGGGCCGUGUUUUGGUUCAUCUACUCUGGUCUGGUAUUCACAGCGGCUAUUUUUGCAGGCAUCAUCGUCUUCCGCGUACGUCCUGGGCAAACAAGGCCAAGCGAAAAACUGAUACAGAUCUCUCAGCGAACAGAUGAGCAGAUGUACUCUGAAGCGGCGAAAUUCCUUCCGACCCGUUGAGCCAUGGGCCAUUCAAACUAUAAGUGGACCGCUGAGCGCCAUCAUAAUAUCUGCUAUCAUAUGCAUCAGAUGACAUAAGAGCUAUGGCUACAUUAUAUAGGGUAGACGGAAGGCGUGAAGUGUCGUGUAU